AUUCUCUCCCUCUCUUUUUUUCCACCUCUCAUCAGUCUCUCUCCAUCGUUGCACGCGAAGAAUCUCUGCAAAACUUUCUGGAUCGGCAACGAUCAAUCAUUCGGCCAAGCGGUGUAGGUGCAGUAGUACUGUUGUUGGAGAAGAAUGGCGACCUUCGAGCUGUAUAGGAGAUCGACGAUUGGUAUGAGCUUGACCGAAACUUUGGAUCAGAUGGUUUCUAGUGGAACUCUGAGCCCCGAACUCGCCAUUCAAGUUUUGAUUCAAUUUGAUAAGGUUUCCAUGACUGAAGCUCUGGAGACUGAGGUGAAGACCAAGGUUUCCAUUAAGGGACAUCUCCAUACCUAUCGAUUCUGUGACAAUGUGUGGACUUUCAUUUUACAAAAUGCUCAGCUGAAAAGCGAGGAAGGCCAGGAAACUGUUGAUUGUCUCAAGAUAGUCGCCUGCGACUCAAAGUUACUAACUCAGUAAAAAAGAUAGAUUGCUUGUAGUUUCUGUGUGGAUCUGGUAGUAUUUGAGAAAAGUAUUGCUAGUAAGGAGAGGUUAUUUGAAAUUCCAGAGGCACGUCGUGUUUGUAUUUGAGAAAAGAUUAAUGGCCGAUGGAGAACAUCGGAAAAUUAACACUACUAAGCUAUCAUUGGUGAUGGCUACUGAAUUCAUAAUUUUGGCAUUAUGCACCUUCUUCUUGUCA